UCCAACUCUCCCAUGUGGACAGCAGAGUUGGGUUUCUAUGAGAGUCUUGCUCGGCGAGAAGAGAAGUUUGGUUGUUUGCCUUGUCCGCUGUGGUGGAGGAGGAGGAGGACAAGAGUCGGGUUAAAAGUGGGGAAGAUGGUCCGUAACGCCGCUUGGAGAAGAAGCUUGCUGUGCGUCCUGGCGCUCAGUCUCGGCUUUGCGUCCCCGCCGUGCAAUGCUCGGAUUUACACCAACCACUGGGCAGUCAGGAUAGCCGGGGGACCCGAGGUGGCCGAGCGGAUAGCGGAAAAAUAUGGCUAUAGGAACCUGGGACAGAUUGGGGAUCUGAAAGACCACUAUCAUUUCUUCCAUAGUCGGACCAUCAAGAGGUCGACUUUGUCCAGCCGUGGUCGUCAUAGUUUCAUCUCUAUGGAGCCAAAGGUGGAGUGGAUACAACAGCAGGUGGUGAAGAGGAGGAUCAAGAGGGAUUACAAGCAAGUCCCGCCCGUUUCUCUAUCAAGCCCCGCCCACAGCAGCCCUGCCCAGAUAAACAUAUUCUAUAAUGACCCCAAGUGGAGCAGUAUGUGGUACAUUCACUGUAACGAUGACGUCCAUAACUGCCAGUCAGACAUGAACAUCAUGGGGGCCUGGAAGAGAGGCUACACGGGUAAAGAUGUGGUGGUGACCAUAUUAGAUGACGGCAUCGAGAGGAACCACCCAGACCUCUUUCAGAACUACGACCCUCAAGCCAGCUUUGAUGUCAAUGGCAACGACAUGGAUCCCAUGCCGCGAUAUGACGCAACCAACGAAAACAAACACGGGACACGGUGUGCGGGUGAAGUUGCUGCAGCCGCAAACAACUCCAAUUGCAUUGUGGGAAUCGCCUACAAUGCCAGAAUAGGAGGUGUGCGCAUGCUGGACGGAGAUGUAACAGACAUGGUGGAGGCCAAAUCUCUAAGCCUCCAGCCACAGCACAUCGACAUUUACAGCGCCAGCUGGGGACCUGAUGACGAUGGAAAGACUGUGGAUGGGCCAGCAUCUCUGGCCAGGCAGGCCUUCGAGAAUGGCAUCCGCAUGGGGAGGAAGGGACGUGGCUCAAUCUUUGUGUGGGCUUCAGGCAACGGCGGGCGCAGCAGAGACCACUGCUCCUGCGACGGCUACACAAACUCCAUCUACACCAUCUCCAUCUCCAGCACAGCUGAGAGCGGACGCAAGCCUUGGUACCUGGAGGAAUGCUCGUCCACGCUGACCACCACCUACAGCAGCGGGGAGAACUACGACCGAAAGAUUAUCACAACAGACCUGAGACACCGGUGUACAGACAGUCACACAGGGACAUCGGCCUCGGCUCCCAUGGCUGCUGCCAUUAUUGCUCUGGCCCUGGAAGCAAAUCCUCUUCUGUCUUGGAGAGAUGUUCAGCAUAUCAUUGUAAAGACCUCCAGAGCCGGACAUCUCAGCGCACCUGACUGGAAGACCAAUGCUGCUGGUUACAAUGUCAGCCACCUUUAUGGCUUUGGCCUGAUGGAUGCUGAGGCGAUGGUGAAGGAGGCAGAGCGAUGGAGGCAAGUCCCUGCUCAGCACGUCUGUGUGGAGAGCGCAGACCGACAGAUCAGAACUAUCCGUCCAGAGCACGUGGUGCGAUCGGUGUACAAGGCGACGGGGUGCACUGACAACCCCAACCACCAUGUGAUCUACCUGGAGCAUGUGGUCGUACGUAUUACAAUCACACACCCUCGCCGUGGAGACCUGUCAAUCAACCUCACCUCACCCUCAGGGACCAAGUCUCAGCUGCUUGCCAACAGGUUGUUUGAUCACUCCAUGGAGGGUUUUAAGAACUGGGAGUUUAUGACCACCCACUGCUGGGGAGAGAAAGCAGCAGGCGACUGGGUCCUAGAGAUCUACGACUCACCUUCUCAACUCCGCAGUCAGAAAGUACCUGGCAAGCUGAAGGAGUGGUCUCUGGUGCUGUACGGCACCUCUGUGCACCCGUACUCGCCCCUGCGCAGUGAUAAGCCUCGCUCCACAGACAUGCUGACGCCCACCGACGAGGAGUUCACAGAGGAGUACAACGGCCCAUGUGACUCUGAAUGCAAUGAGAAUGGCUGCGAAGGUCCUGGACCCCAUCAUUGCAUCAACUGCCUCCACUACUUCCUCAAGUUCAAGAACAACACCAGGAUGUGUGUGUCCGAGUGCCCUAGUGGCUUUUUCCGUGAUGACAGGAAACGUUGCAAGAAGUGCUCCUCGUUGUGUGAGACCUGCGUCGGUAGCCGUAGCGACCAGUGCACCACAUGCAGGGCUGGCUUCCACCUCAGCGAGGGCUCCAACACAUGUGUCGCCACCUGCGUCGACAGCUUCUACCUCGACCAAGAUUCCAACAUUUGCAGGAGAUGUCCAGAGAACUGUAAGAAGUGCACCACCUCCAAUAUCUGCACAGAAUGUAAACCUGGAAUGAGUCUUCAAGGAAACAAGUGUCAGAUGACCUGUGACCCAGGGACUUAUUACAACGGCCACAGAAGGACUUGUGAGCCCUGCCAUCGGGCCUGUGCCACCUGCGCAGGUACAGGUAUAGAGGCAUGCACUAAGUGUGCGGACGGCUACUUACUGGAGGACUGGCGGUGCGUGUUAACAUGCAGCACUGGCUACUACCUGUCAGAGCAGACCUCAGACAACGGGCAGGUGCAGAGGUCCUGUAAGAAGUGUGACCAUAGCUGCUACGAGUGCUUGGGGCCAGGUGAAAGAAACUGCAGCAGCUGUGCCAGUGGUUACAAUCUGGAGGCCGGAGCCUGCGUGGUCAGCACUAUCUGCAAAGAUGCAAAUGAAGAAUCUUGGGCGGAAGGCAGUUUCUGCGUGCUUGUUAAAAAGAACAAUCUUUGCCAGAGGAAAGUGCUGCAGCAACUGUGCUGCAGAACAUGCUCGCAAAAGGGGUGACGGGACGUACUCACUGAGCAUAAAGGGAGUGCGGGGUAGGGGGGACACGUGGGGGCACAUGGGGCACCCCCCCCUUCUCAACCUCCCACCCCCCCACCCACUCAUUCACAGUCACAUAAUUUAUAAGAGAAUCUGUGCCUCUUAAAGGGACUGCAUCGGAGGUGCGAUGACAGGACUACAACAAACCUACCUUUUUUUCUGUACUGGGACACACACACGUGGUCAGGGUGUAAAAUGACUGGGACUUACUUCAAGAACAAACAAGCAAAUGAAAACAAAAGUGAAAACAAACAUGAAUAAAAGUGUCGGUAUUUUGUGACCAAAGCAUCGAUGCCAAAAUAAUUGAACCUUCUUUUUUUGUUGCCAGUGUAGGGUGCAUAGCUAAGACAGGAGCCGCUCAGCCUGUGAAUCUCUGAAUACGUCUGUGUGCAUUUUUAUUUUGGCUCCUCUUCCUCCUCCUCCUCUUUCCAAUGUUAACGAUGAACAGAUGGAAACUGAACAUACACUAGGAAAGGCCCUGGUUUUCUGCCUGUAAAUAUACGUCAAAGGAAAAAAAAAAAGAAGCUCACUCAGUAAUGUGAAAAUAAUGUCUGUCUGGGCUGGCUUUGGCUUUGGAGGGGAGGGUAGACAAAUUCACACACACACACACACACACACACACACACACACACACACACACACACACACACACACACACACACACACACACACACACACACACAGAGUACAGAGUACAGAGUACAGAGUACAGAGUACAGAGUACAGAUACAUAUAUAUGUAUACUACAUACAAUAAAAAAAAAAAAAAACAUGAGUUUACACACAUAGAGCUGCCUCCACUUGAAGUUACAGAUGCUAAAGUGUCACAGUUUCCCAAGACUGAUGCACGUUACUGACCAAAAUCACCUCAUUUCAUUUAUUUAAAAACAAAACAAAACAUGAACCCGCCCUCCGAAUAGUGUGUGUGUUUGUCUUUAUUGGUGUGUGUAGGAGAACGCCAUUAAUUCUUGAUGUAAGCCCAGACGGCAUUGAUUCAUUCCAGAGGUACAAGACGAGUCGAUAGUCAUUCCUUCCGGAGCUUUCUACAGGAAAGGAAAUGCAGCAGCGAGUUGUAAUGAAUUUGUGGUACUAGGGAUGCACCGAUGCCCAUUUUUCACUCAUGAUGCAGAUUCUGGCGACUAAAAUAUGGCCCAAAACUGACUAUUGAUUCCAUCCAUUACUGUGACUGGACGAUUUAAAGCUCCGCCAUUAUUUUGUUGUCACUGGAUAAUAAUAAUAAAAUAACAAUAACUCAUAUUUUUAGGUUUUUUUUCAGGAAUCUGCAGUUCUCCUACAUGUGAUUUUCCACAUAUGUAACCCAGAUAAAAGGGAAUUUUAAUAUAUUAUUUCAACUGGUGUCAGCUUUGUAUCGGUGCAUCCCUACAUGUUCUCAAAAAAAUAUGAAUUUUAGAAGUUUCUGCUCUUCAUCAUUCCACUAUAAUGUCAAUGCACAUAUCAACUGUAGUGUUGUUCUACACUUUCAACAUAGAAGGUCAAUGAUUGGCACAGGAAACAUUCUGUCGCUAUUAUGUUUCAUCUGCAGGUAAAGAUCUCUGACAGUCAGACAGACAGUGGCAAACUGCCAUGGUGCAAAUCGGAGCUGUGACUUUUUAACUUUGAGUAAGUUCACAAAAGUUCUAAAUUUAUACAUAGAAACACAUUUGGGUGCAGAACUUCAUGUUCAAUCAACCCAAGAGAAAUUGGGAAAACAAACACAAUGAAGCAAUCAAUUUUUAUUUCUCUAUUUACAUUUUAAUUGUUAGAACUGAAAGUGGACUUGUUGAUGGCAUCGCUGUGGAAGCAAGAGUGUGUCAGAAAUGUUAAAUCAUAUCGAGCCAAAACUAUACUCGCGUUCAGGCCGACAGACGUCAGAUGUCUGGCUUAUUCUUUCUGUCUGUCUCCGAACCUUACCUGGUGGAACUCAAAGCUUAUUCUGGUGGUGCUGUUUUCUAAUAAAGAACAGCAAAAAAAUAAUGUUUAAGAUUCUUCUAUUCUAUUUGUGUGGGUUUUCACACCCACAGCUUGAGCAUUUACAGUAUUAGAUGAAUUGUUGUAUUGUCACCUGGUUAUGGUUCUUGAUGAUUUGUAAUAAAGAUUGAUGAAUCCCCUGUUUUGGUUAACAAAAACUUAUUCUUGGUCAUUGUUUAAGAUGACUUGAAUUGACUUUAGAUUGUGUGCUAGUAGUCACACACACACAUACACACACUCACUCACACACACACACACAUACAAACACAAACCCCUCGUAUAAAAGCUGUUUUUAUUGUGUACCUGUGACAUAUCUGUGACAAUGCAUUAUUAAUGUUACUCAAAGUCCUAGUUUUGAAAAUCUUUUUUUUUUUUUUUACUUAAGUGUUCUUAUUAAAAUGUUUAAUCUGUU